AUGGCGCCCUCUUUUGAAGAGCCGGUCACCGAGGCCCUAGAACACCCUCUCAAACGAAAGCCCGAUCUUGUCGCCCCAGAGCCAGAACACUGCCCUGGUCCCGAAUCCGAACAAGCAGGCAAAGGCGACGCAUGCAACGGCUGUCCCAAUCAAGCAAUCUGCGCCUCCGCACCCAAAGGCCCCGACCCAGAUAUCCCUCUCAUUACCGAACGACUCGCUGGAGUAAAACACAAGAUAUUGGUGCUGUCAGGGAAAGGCGGAGUGGGAAAGUCUACGUUCUCAUCCCUCCUAUCGCAGGCGUUUGCCGCCAACCCUGACUCGACAGUGGGCAUUAUGGACACGGAUAUCUGCGGCCCCUCGAUACCGAAAAUGAUGGGCGUCGAGAAUGAAACCAUACACGUUAGCAAUGCCGGAUGGAGUCCGGUCUGGGUGACAGAUAACCUGGGAGUUAUGAGCAUUCAAUUUAUGUUGCCCAACAGAGACGAUGCAGUUAUAUGGAGAGGUCCAAAGAAGAAUGGUAUAAUAAAACAAUUUUUGAAAGAUGUCGAAUGGGGCGAGUUGGACUACUUGAUUGUCGACACGCCACCGGGCACAUCAGACGAACAUCUGUCGGUUAACUCAUUUCUCAAGGAGUCCGGGGUGGACGGUGCGGUGGUGGUGACCACUCCACAAGAAGUGUCCCUCCUUGACGUGCGAAAAGAGAUUGAUUUCUGUCGAAAGGCAGGGAUUCGUGUCCUCGGGCUGGUUGAAAACAUGUCUGGCUUCGUCUGUCCCAAAUGCACCCACGUGUCUCAGAUCUUCCGAGCAACGACAGGAGGAGGUCAAAAGUUAUGUCAGGAUAUGGGCAUACCGUUCCUAGGGUCAGUACCCCUCGACCCUCGGAUAGGCAUGGCAUGCGACUUUGGCGAAAGCUUUAUGGACAGUUUUCCCGACAGUCCGGCUUGCAAAGCCUUACGACAAGUGGUGAGAUCGGUGGGCCAAAUGAUUGGUGAGGACCCCGACCAAGUUCUUCCCGACGGACCGAUAUAG